AUGGCCCCUUGCGCAACUGCCGGCGUGCAGAUGCUGGCCGCGCGCCCCUGCGUCUCGGCCUCCCAGAGCAUGCUCGCCUCGAGGGCGGCCGUCUCACGGAUCGACCUGGCGCUCGGCGCUGGUAGCUUCGCGAGCUGCCCCAGAAUCUCCUGCUCCAGGUCUCUUGGUUCUUCCCGGAGCGGCGCCGUCGCCGUAAGAGCGGUGUCAGGAGAACGUAGCUCUUCCGGGCUGCCCAUCGAUCUUAGAGGGAAAAGGGCAUUUAUUGCUGGGGUUGCUGAUGAUAACGGCUAUGGCUGGGCAAUUGCGAAGGCUCUUGCCGCAGCUGGUGCUGAAAUUCUUGUUGGUACAUGGGUGCCUGCACUUAACAUAUUUGAGACAAGCCUGAGGCGGGGAAAAUUUGACGAAUCACGGAAGCUACCUGAUGGAUCUCUUAUGGAGAUUGUUAAAGUCUACCCACUGGAUGCUGUCUAUGAUUCACCGGAGGAUGUUCCUGAAGAUGUAAUGCUCUAUUUUUGUGUCAAAACAAACAAAAGGUAUGCAGGAUCGUCAAAUUGGACUGUGAAGGAAGCUGCCGAAUUAGUUAAGAAGGAAUAUGGCAGCAUUGACAUUCUUGUGCAUUCUCUUGCUAAUGGUCCUGAGGUUACAAAACCUUUGCUGGAAACCUCAAGAAGUGGGUAUCUUGCUGCAAUUUCGGCAUCCAGUUACUCCUUUGUUUCUUUACUUAAGCACUUCCUUCCUAUCAUGAAUCCAGGUGGUGCUAGUAUCUCGCUAACAUACAUUGCAUCUGAAAGGACAAUCCCUGGAUAUGGCGGUGGCAUGAGCUCAGCUAAAGCAGCUCUUGAGAGUGAUACAAAAGUACUUGCUUUUGAAGCUGGACGCAAAGGCAAAAUCCGAGUUAACACCAUAUCUGCAGGUCCUCUGGGAAGCAGAGCAGCCAAGGCAAUUGGAUUCAUUGAGAAGAUGAUCGAGUACUCUUAUGUCAAUGCACCAUUGCAGAAGGAGCUUCUGGCAGAUGAAGUCGGGAACACGGCAGCAUUCCUGGUGUCUCCUUUGGCUUCUGCCAUCACUGGAUCGACUGUUUACGUCGACAACGGACUGAACACCAUGGGUCUUGCGGUUGACAGCCCCACAGUAUCUUCGUUGUUGUGA